AUGAGCUCCUCAAAUGCCAGUACUACUACACAACCUCUACCUCGCUCCGAAGAAUACCACCUCUUCAAACGCUAUGCCUCCAUAACUUUUGUGAUUGCCGCGCCUGUUUUAAUCGCUGUUCCUCCUCGAAAAUUAGAUUUCUACACGAUAUCACUUGCCUCCGCGUUCCUCUUCUCCGCCAACUAUCUAACUGCCGACCAGACCGGCAGGAGCAUUAUGGAUCGAUUGGGAGCACGUCUUCAAGGCUCCCAUACACCUAGCAUGCUCAAAGAUCUUCCUACGGAGCGAGCGGAAGAAGUAAGAGAACAGCUGAAAAAGGCCAGGGAAGCAGCUAGACAGCAGGAAAUACGACACAGUCCACUACAACAAGCCGACCAAGGGCAUGCCGGUGGGCUGUCUGAUCUCGGAAAACAAAUUUGGAUGGGUGGAGAGAAGGAAGGAUGGAGAGAGAAAAGGAUCGCCGAGGAAAGAAAAGCCUUGGAGGAGGGAAAGGGGUACGGUGAUUUGAUUAUGGACCAUAUCCGGGAUGCGAUUGGAGUGCCCAAGGACAUCGAGCACAAUGAGAACUCCUCUGGAAACGAUACGAAGUCCUGA